AUGAUUCGAGAAAUAAACCAAGCCAGUGCAAUUUCUGCAUUUUCAAUUGGCGUUAUUUUUAAUUCAUUAUUAAUUUGGCUAAUUCUUCGAAAAAGUCCAAAAGAAAUGCGCGUUUUUAGCCAUAUUUUAAUUCAGACAUGCACCGCCGAUUUAACUAUGUUGACAAUUAACUUACUUACACAACCGAUUUACACAUCUGAUAACGGUGUAAGCAUCGUUGUACUCAACGGUCUUCUAAGACAUAUUGAAUGGAUUCCUCACAAUUUAAUUCUUUUUGUUUGGGAUAAUUGCUUCUUCUUUUCUUUUUUUGGAUUUACUUCACAAUUUAUUUAUCGUUAUUUGAUUUUAAAUAAGUAAUAAAUUUAUUUUUAAUUAUAAUAAUAUAGACAAUACAUACCUAUAUGACUUUUGUUUUAUUUUUUUGGUUUUUUGUGUAGUGUAUUUAUCUAGGGUAGUUUUUCGGUUUUGGACAGUCCUAUUAAGUGCAUGGGAUGUGUAAUUAUUUUUAAAAAUGAAAAUUUCUAUUCUGGCUCUAAUCGAAAGCCUAAUUUC